AUGUUUCUAUCGAUAGUUCCAACGCCGACGUUUGAUCACGUCGAGUUUGACUUUGAGGAAUACGUUUCGAAACAUGGAAUUCCAGAGACCCGUGAUCCUCUACCGUUCAAAAAACAGAAGUCUUUGUUUGGCAAUCAUGAUUUAGAGAAAGAGUCCUUGUUUACCAGCGCUAAACACGAUCCUCGCCUAAGGACCGUGGUUUGUCGCCACUGGCUGCGUGGGCUCUGCAUGAAGGGAUCUUCUUGCGAAUUCCUUCAUCAAUAUGAUCUUUCCAAGAUGCCCGUGUGCCAUCGCGGAGACCAAUGCCAACAGAAAGACUGCUGCCCAUUUCAGCACCCUAGCAAACGCCCCGAAUGCACAUUUUACAACCAAGGUUUCUGCGUCCGUGGAGCUCAUUGCCGUCACGCACACAUCAAGAAGGAUAGACAGGAUCUGCCCAUUGUGGCCGAUUUUACGCAGCAAACAACAGUAGCUUCAGCCAACAAAAUAAUGUUACAGCCACAUCACUCUACUAAUUCUCGAACCCCUACUGGUACUAAUGGCCUCUACAAAACUAGUCUUUGCAAGCAUUUCAUGCGCGGGUCUUGUCCCUACGGGGCAACUUGCCAUUUCGCACACGGAGAGUCGGAGCUCCGAAAGUUCGUCAACAGGCCAUCAUCACAAGGCGCACAUCAAGUCCCAGGCAAGCAGAUUCCAAAGAAACGACCAAGAGCCGACACCUUUUCUUCACGAGCAUCAUUACAGUAUUUCAAGACCUUUGAACAGAGACCAAAAUAG